AUGGAUUCGGCCACCAUCGCAACGACCAGCAAGCAUCGCACGGAUAUCGACGGGACCGGCCGGACCGACGGCGUCCCGGUGGCCCUAACCGUGGCCACGACCGUCGCCAACCUGCUGCUAGCCAGCCCGAGCCCGGGCUACGCCGCAACCCCCACCGCCACCACCACCUGGGCCAUCACGACUGAAACUGCCGCCCCGCCGUACCUCGCCUACGGCUCGAACCUGAGCUCUCUACCGUACCUGGAUGCGAAUAGUACCGCGUCGCUGUUCUCCCUCACCCCGGUCAUCGACGCGUCGUCGACACCGGCACCGACCGGUUCGCCGCACGUGACCAUUUCCACGAUCGUGAUCAGCAUCAUCCUGCUGGCCGUGAUCGUCGGCACGGUGAUCGGCAAUGUGCUGGUGUGCGUGGCCGUAUGUCUGGUGCGCAAACUAAGGCGGCCCUGCAAUUAUCUGCUAGUGUCCCUUGCCAUAUCGGACCUGUGCGUGGCCCUGCUCGUCAUGCCGAUGGCACUGCUGUACGAGGUGCUGGAGGAGUGGCGCUUCGGCGAGGUGUUCUGCGACAUAUGGGUAGCGUUUGACGUUCUAUCCUGCACAGCAUCCAUCCUGAACCUGUGCGCCAUCUCGGUGGACCGGUACUGGGCGAUCACGAAACCGCUCGAGUAUGGUGUCAAGCGAACACCGCGACGGAUGAUUGCCUGCAUUGUGCUGGUGUGGUUAGCGGCGGCCUGCAUCUCACUGCCGCCACUGCUGAUCCUCGGCAACGAGCACGAGAUCAACGGACAGCCGGCCUGUUCCGUGUGUCAGAACUUCUUCUACCAGAUCUACGCGACCCUCGGUUCAUUCUACAUCCCGCUCGCCGUGAUGUUGUUCGUGUACUUUCAAAUAUUCCGCGCCGCACGGCGCAUCGUAAUGGAGGAAAAGCGUGCCCAGAAGCGGCUGGAAAGUGCGAUCAACGGUGCGACCCAGGCCGUAACGCAGGAGAAGAAACCACCGGGGCUGGCGGGUGAGAAGGGUGCCGCGGUUAAGGUGACGACCAGCUCGCCCCAAAACAAGCGGCUACGGUUUCAGCUGGCCAAGGAGCGGAAGGCAUCGACCACGCUCGGCAUCAUCAUGUCCGCGUUCACGAUCUGCUGGUUGCCGUUCUUCAUACUGGCGCUAGUGCGCCCAUUCAUGAAGGACGAUCAUCGGACGCUAUCGUCGUUCUUUCUGUGGCUCGGAUACGCCAACUCGCUGCUGAAUCCCAUCAUCUACGCGACGCUGAACCGCGACUUCCGGAAACCGUUCCAGGAGAUCCUGUACUUCCGCUGCUCGAGCCUGAACAACAUGAUGCGAGAGGACUUCUACCACAGCCAGUACGGUGAUCCCGGCUCGCAGCGGUUGGUCAUCACGAACGACGGAGGGGCACGUGAGAGCUUUCUGUGA